AUGAAGGACUCGCAGCAUGCAGCCAUCAAGACAAAACUGUGGCCCAGGCAGAAAGCAAGUAAAAAACCUAAAGAUGAGCCCGCCAAGGUGGAGAAGUCACCCAAGUCGGCAAUGUCGCCACCCUCCGCCGCACCGAGAAAUACCCCCCCACAGCUGAGCGAGGCCGAAAGGAUGCGUUUGACGCCGUUCGAGAGGGCUGUCUAUGACAUGGCCCAUAACGAAAGGAUUGUCAACGACCUCACCCUCGGCCGAAGGGUUGGGUUCUACGAGCUCCGCGGUGAGAUCGGCCAAGGCAACUUCUCAUCAGUCAGACUGGGCAUCCACGCUUUGACCAAAGAGAGGGUGGCCGUCAAGAUAAUGGAGAAGCAGUGUAAAACAGGUAAAGGCUCCUGGCUCUUAACCUCUUCAGAGAUCCGCUGCAUGGAAAAGCUGUGCCACCCCAACGUUGUGCGCCUGUACGAGGUGAUUGAAACGAGCAGGAAGCUCUACCUGGUGAUGGAAUACGGCAGUGGUGGCGACCUUUUCUCUCGCGUCACCACCAGAGGGAAGCUCAGCGAUCUGGAGGCCAAGUUGAUCUUUGCGCAAGUGGUCUCAGCGGUGAAACACAUGCAUGAACAAAACAUCGUCCACCGGGACCUGAAGGCCGAAAAUAUCUUCUACACCACCAGCUACUGCAUCAAGGUGGGUGACUUCGGCUUCAGCAGCGAGAGCUCACCCAACGUGCAGCUCACCAAUUUUUGCGGUUCGCCGCCAUACGCCGCACCGGAACUCUUUCGGGAAAAGGGCUACGUGGGGUUCUACUCGGACAUCUGGGCUUUAGGUAUAGUUCUGUACUUCAUGAUGACCGCCACGCUGCCUUUCUACGGGGACAAUAUGAGCAGGCUGAAGCGUUGCAUCCUUCAAGGGGCCUACAGCAUCCCGGUUUACGUGUCUGACGAGUGCCAGCUUGUCAUCAAGGGGUUGUUGCGACCUGUACCGGUGGACCGCUCGUCGCUCGCUCAAGUUUCAGACAGCGCUUGGCUAAAGGGGAUCGAAUACCCCGGUCCAUAUGUACCUCUGCCCCUUGCCCCCGUCCACUUGGCCCAAGCUGCCAAUUCACUAUGCGAGGAGGAAAUGGAGGUGAAGACUCUACUGUCAGACCUGGGCAUCAUUGCGGUUCACUUGCAGAACAAUCCCUGUUCAGACUCAAAGAGCCCGUUGACCGGGACCUAUCGUAUCCUGCUUCAUCGGGUCCAGAAACGGAGGUCUGUGGAAUCUGUAGGAUAUGCGACUGUUCGCCCCGACUCAUACAAAAGUCAUCCCAGGUGGUGCGUUUCAUCCAUAGACAGACACAACCCCUCUGCAGUUUGUGUUGUACUCUAA